ACUUUGAAGAACAUGGCUCCUUCUCCAGCAGCAGGCAAGGCCACUGGUGGCGCCCCCAAGACUCCUACAAAGUUGGGCAGAAAGCCCCAGAGCCAAACUAGCCAGCCUCCCAAACUCGGACAGCAGGCCGCUUCAGGCGCAAGAAAAGCAUCCGCCCCCGAGGGUGCUAAGCAGCCAGAAGUUCCUCAGACUUCCGAGAAGCUCGAAGCCGGUGACGUGCAACAAAAAGCCGGCGAGGCCGCGCAAGGUGCACAGGACAAGGCUGGCAAGACUGCCGAAGAUGCCAAGAGCAAGGCCGAGGGCGCUGCCGAAGAGCCCAGCAAGGUCGAGAUGAAGGACGACACCGAAGCCGCAUCCACCCAGGCUGGUGAUGAUGAGGACGAGGAUGAUGACGAAGGCCCUCUGAGCAAGGUUUCCCAGGCCGGAGACAACGCCAAGGGCCAGCUCGAGGAGCAAGCUCCUCAACCAAUUGACGACUCUAACGACGACAACGAUACCGCCGCUGGUGCACUAGACACUGCUGAUGAUGACGACAAUGACGACACCGAGGACACCGCCGACGACGACAAGACCGUCAAGGCUGGUGAUGAAGCAGACGACAACGAUGAUGAUGUUCAAGACACCACCGGCAAGGUGGCUGACGACGCCCAAAAGACUGGCAAGCAGUCCGGCGGCAACCUCCUCAAGGGUGCCAAGGGACUAGCUGGCAAGGCCUCUGGUCUCGCUGGCAAGGCCGCUCAGGACCCCAAGAAGGCAGCUCAGGAUGCCUCCGAAGACGUUCAAGAUACCGCAGGAGAUCUUGCUGAGGGUGACGCUGAGGAUCUUGCCGGCUACCCAAUUGGCGAUGACGGCGAGAUCCUUGAUGACGACGGUGAUCUUGUCGGACGUUGCGAGCUUCUUCCCGAACAGGUCAAGAAGCAGAUGGCCGACCUCAAGAGCAAGGGUCAACUCCCCAAGGGUGCCGAGAACUUUGUUGGUGACCUCCCCGACACCGACGAUGCCGAGAAGCCCAACCUUGCCAUCUUCAAGGGACUUACCUGCGAUCCUACUGGUAACAUCUUCAACGACGAAGGUGACACUAUCGGUCAGGUUACCGAUGGCAACCCUGAAGAGCUCAUGAACGCCACUCUGAACGAGUACGGUGAGUUCAUCGACGAUGAUGGCAACGUCAUUGGCCAUGCCGACAUCCACCCUGAGGCACCAGAGGACAUCUACGACCAAGUCCAGCAGGCUGCCGAUGAUGCCCAAAAUGCUGCCGACGACGCUCAGGACAACGCCGACGACACCGCCAAGGCCGCUGACAGAGUCGACGACGCUGCCGACAAGGUUGACGACGCUGCUGACGAUGUCAAGGAUGCCGCUCAAGACAUUGAGGACGAGCUCCCUGGUAUCGAGGCUCUUCAAGGCAGAGAACUCAACGACGCUGGCGAGGUUGUUGAUGACCAAGGCGAGGUUCUUGGCCAGAUCGACGACGAGUCUCUCAAGGAGAAGCUCGAGUCUGGCGAACUCAAGGCCGAAGACCUCAAGAUCAACGAGGAUGGCGAAGUCGUCGACGCCGACGACAACGUCCUCGGCAAGGUCGGUCUCGCAGAAGGCGCUGCCGAGAAGCUCGGUGGCUCUCUUCCUUCUCUCGACCUCCGCAUUCUUGAUGGCAGAAAGGUCAACAAGAAGGGCAAGGUUCUUGACGACGAAGGCGACGAGAUCGGUUCGCUCGCUGAGGGCGACCCCAAGGAGUGUGCCGGCAAGAAGGUCAACGACAAGGGUGAGGUUCUUGACCAGAACGGCAAGGUCAUUGGCAAAGUCUCCGUCACUCCUGGCGAGGCUGCCGAGACCGCUACCAAGGAGCUCCAGACCGAGCUCGGCGAGAAUGUUCCUGACGAAGAGCAGGGUGAGGAUGAGGAGCAAGCCGAUGAGGAGGAGGAGCCUCAAGGUCCUCAAUUCAAGAUCCCUGACCUCGAUGUCCUCGAAGGUCUCAAGGUCAACAAGAAGGGCAAGAUCCUCAACGAAGACGGCGAAGAGAUUGGUGAACUUACCUCUGGUGACCUCAGCGAAUGCGCUGGCAAGAAGGUCAAUGACAAGGGUGAGGUUCUCGACGAAGAAGGCAACACCAUUGGCCGCGUCAAGGCCCUUCCUCAAGAGAUCCCCCAGGAGGAGAUCGAAGAAGCUGAGGAGGCUGCCGACAAGGCCGAAGAUGCUCAAGACGCCGCAGAAGAUGCCGCCGAAGACGCAGAGAACGCUGAAGAGGGCGCUGAGGAUGCCGAAGAGGGUGCCGAGGAUGCUGCCGAGGACGCCGCCGCCAACCUGCCUCCUCUCUCUGUUCUUGAUGGUCUGAAGGUCAACAAGGCUGGCAAGAUCGUCGACUCCAACGGUACCGUCGUCGGUGAGCUUACCGAAGGUGAUGCCAAGAAGCUCUCCAAGUCUGGUGUCCAGUCAGACGACCAAGGUCAGUUCUGGGACGACAAGGGCCAUGUCAUCGGCCGCGCCAAGACUGUCCCUGUCGAGGAAGACGAAGAGUCAGAGUUCGCUGGUCUUGAGGGCCUGAUCGUCGUCAAGGACGGUUGGGUCGAGGACGAGAACGGCAACCGUGUUGGUCAACUCACCGAGGGCGACGCCAAGAAGCUCGGUAACGUCGUCGGUCAUGCCGAACGCUACGAGGAUCCUGAGCAGGAGCCUGAGCCUGAAGAGGAGCCCGUCGAUCUUUCCAGCCUCAACGGCAAGGUUCUGAACAAGGCCGGCUUCGUCAUUGGCGAUGAGGGUGUACCUGUCGCUCGCCUGGUUGAAGGCAAGGCCAAGGAACUCACUGGCAAGAAGCUCGAUGACCAAGACGAACGCGAGGCCAAGCCCGACGGUCCCUUCGCUGGUCUCCAGGGUCUCCGCGUUGUUGCUGACGGCAAGGUCGCUGACGAGGACGAGAACAUCGUUGGUGAGAUUGUUGAGGGCAACGCCAAGCGCCUGAUCGGUCUUGCUGUCGACGAGGACGGUGAUGUCAUGGAUAGAUAUGGCAACGUCAAGGGCCAUGCUGAACCUCUCGCAGACGAGGAGGAGGAAGGCCCUGUCGACAACUCUAUGCUCGACGGCAAGAAGCUCAACAAGAGCGGCUUUGUUGUCGAUGAUAAGGGAAUCCCCAUCGGUAAGCUCAUCGAUGGCAACGUCAAAGAGCUUGCUGGCCGUCAAUGUGACGAGAACGGUGACAUCCACAACGAUACCGGAAAGAUUGUUGGACACUGCGAGGUUCUCCCCGAGAACGAGCGUGUCUCUAGAGCCGANGGACCCUUUGCCGGCCAUGAGGGUCUUCGUGUCACUAAGGAAGGUUACGUUGCUGAUUCCGAGGACAACAUCGUCGGAAAGGUUACUGAAGGCGAUGUAAAGAAGCUUGUUGGCCUUUCUGUUGACGAGGACGGUGAUAUCAACGACAAGUACGGCAACGCAAAGGGCCACGCUGAGCCCUACGAGGAAGAAGAAGCUGCCCCUGCCGAUAACUCUAUGCUCGACGGCAAGAAGCUCAACAAGAGCGGCUUUGUUGUCGAUGAUAANGGAAUCCCCAUCGGUAAGCUCAUCGAUGGCAACGUCAAAGAGCUUGCUGGCCGUCAAUGUGACGAGAACGGUGACAUCCACAACGAUACCGGAAAGAUUGUUGGACACUGCGAGGUUCUCCCCGAGAACGAGCGUGUCUCUAGAGCCGAGGGACCCUUUGCCGGCCAUGAGGGUCUUCGUGUCACUAAGGAAGGUUACGUUGCUGAUUCCGAGGACAACAUCGUCGGAAAGGUUACUGAAGGCGAUGUAAAGAAGCUUGUUGGCCUUUCUGUUGACGAGGACGGUGAUAUCAACGACAAGUACGGCAACGCAAAGGGCCACGCUGAGCCCUACGAGGAAGAAGAAGCCGCCCCUAUCGACAACUCGAUCCUCAACGGCAAGAAGCUAAACAAGCAAGGGUUCGUCGUCAACGAAGACGGCAUCCCUCUUGGUAAGCUUGUCGAAGGUAACGUCAAGGAGCUUGCUGGUCGCCGCUGCGAUGAAGAAGGCAAGAUCCAUGGCGAUACUGGCAAGGUCGUUGGUCGUUGCGAGGUUCUUCCUGAGAACGAACGUGUUGCCAGACCCGAAGGUCCCUUCGCUGGACUGGAAGGCCUCCACGUUAACAAGGAGGGCUACGUCGAGAACGCCGAGGGCGACCGUGUCGGUAUCAUCACCGAAGGCAACGUCAAGCGUCUCGUAGGCCUCUCUGUUGAUGAGGACGGUGACAUUAGCGACAAGUACGGAAACACCAAGGGUCACGCCGAGCCUUGGGAGGAAGAGGAGCAAACCGCCGAAGACCUCUCCGCCCUUGCUGGCUGCACUGUCAACAAGGCUGGCAACGUCGUCGACUCUUCCGGCACCAUCAUUGGUCGUGUCUCUGAAGGCGACCCGUCUACCAUGGUCGGCAAGAAGGUUGAUGGCCAGGGUCAGAUCUGGGACAACGCCGGAAAUGUCAUUGGCAAGGCCGAACUCGCCAAGGGUGCCGACACCAAGGCUGAAGGACCUUUCGCUGGUUUCGACAGCGUCACUGUCAACAAGGAGGGAUACGUUGUCACUCCCGACGGUGGCAUCGUUGGCCGCGUCAUUGAGGGUGAUGUCAAGAAGCUUGUUGCUCACAAGGUCGACGAGGAUGGUGAAAUUCAAGACAAGAACGGUAACCUCAUCGGUAAGGCCGAGAGAUGGGAGCCCGAGGAGAAGGAGAGAAAGAUCAACCCCAUGUCUGGUCGCCGCGUCAACAAGGAGGGUGAAGUCCGUGAUGAGAACGGCGAUGUCAUGGGCAGACUCACCACCGGUGACCUCGGUCACUGUGUUGGCCUUGAGGUUGAUGACAAUGGCUACGUUGUUGAUAACGACGGCAAUAAGGUCGGCGAGGUCACUCUCAUUGCGAACAUCAUCGAGGACGAGGAGAUCCCUGAGGAGGAGCUCACCGAGGAAGAGAAGGAGGAGCGCCGCAAGAAGGAGCAAGACCGCGAGAUUGCUGAGAAGAUGGGCACCAUCUGCACCCAGACCCUCGAGAGAGUCCAACCCAUCUGCAAGCAGAUCACCGACCACAUCGAAGCCGCCGACCGUACCCCACGUGAAGAGUUGGACGAGGAAGAUUUGGUCAACAAGGUCAAGCCUCUCAUCGAGGAGGCUGGUCGUAUCCUGCAAGAGUGCAACGGCUCUCUGCGCGGCCUCGACCCCGACGGUCGCAUUGCUGCUCAAGCCAAGGGCCGUGCCGGCACCAAGGAGGCCACUCCCGAGGAGUACCGCCUGGCCGACACCCUCAAGGAGUUGACCACUACCGUCGUCACCACCAUCGACAACGCAAAGAAGCGCAUCAGCGACAUGCCUCACGCCAAGAAGAAGUUGAACCCUCUCUGGGGUCUGAUGACACAGCCUCUCUUCCAGAUUCUUGCUGCCGUCGGUCUUUUGCUGACUGGUGUCUUGGGUCUGGUUGGCCAGCUGCUCAACGGCCUUGGAUUGGGUGGACUCGUCAAUGGUCUGCUUGGUGGCCUCGGUAUCGGCAAGUUGCUCGGUGGUCUUGGUCUCGGCAGCGUUGCCAACUCCCUCGGCCUGGGCAAGAAGGACAAGAAGAAGGAGGGCGGUGGUGGCGCCAGCAGCUUGCCCAUCGUUGGCGGUCUGUUCGGCAAGAAGUAA